GAAAGAUGGUACCCUUUUGCAGUUUGAUCCUGCUCCUAGGCGAGGAGAACCUGGUGUAACCAGACGAACACAUUUUUUAAACAGGACCCGAACUCGUCUUAACCCGAACCGAAAUAACCAUUUUUUAAGCUGGCCCGUUACCCCUUCCGCCUGCCCCGCCCAUUUUUCCAGGUAUAUUGAACAUUGGUUUUGAGCUGUCUUCCUUGGUGUUUGAAAACAUUUGCUAUGAGUUAUGACAUUUCGAACGUUAACCAAGCAUUUGCACAAAGACUCAAACACCUUGGCGCACAUAUUUCAAACCUACGCCCAAUCGAAACAGUUGUCUAAAGGAAAACAGCUUCAUGCGCAGCUCAUCACCUCUGGAUACCCAUCAUCCACUUAUCUCCAUAACCACCUUUUGUCUAUGUAUGGAAGAUGUGGUCAACUCGGAUAUGCCCACAAGGUGUUCGAUGAAAUGCCUCAAAGAAACUUGGUUUCUUGGACCGCUAUGAUAUCUGGGUUUUCUCAGAAUUCGGAGUUCUCAAAAGCAAUUACCACAUUUUGCCUGAUGUGGGUUUCUGGCGAAAGCCCGAAUCAGUUUACAUUUUCCAGUGUGAUUCAAGCUUGCUCGUUUCUCAAAUCAGUUCAAACCGGGAUGCAAAUUCAUUGUCUUGCUCUUAAAGUUGGGUUUAGCUAUGAACUGUUUGUCGGUAGUAACUUAGCGGACAUGUAUUCGAAAUGCGGGUCAAUCGUUGAGGCUUGUAUGGUUUUUGAAGAGAUGCCGUCUAAAGACGAAGUUUCAUGGAAUUCAAUGAUUGACGGGUAUGCGAAGAAUGGUUAUUAUGAAGAAGCCCUGGUGGCUUUUAGAAAGAUGCUGAUUGAUGACGUUGUGAUCGACCAGUAUCUACUUUGCAGUGCACUUUCGGCUUGUGGAUCUUUUAAAGCAUAUAACAUCGGACGAUGUCUUCAUACAUUUGUGGUGAAGUUAGGUUUCGAACCGCAUGUUUCUGUUAGCAAUGCACUUACAGACAUGUACUGUAAGUUAGGGGACAUGGAUAGUGGUUCACGAUUGCUUGAAAUAGACUCUAGAGGUACAAGUAUCGUUUCUUAUACUUCUUUGAUUGACGGGUAUGUUGAAUCGGAUCAAAUCGAGAAGGCGUUGACUGUUUUUAUCAAGUUGACGAGGCAAAGAAUCGAGCCUAACGAGUACACCUUCUCUAGCUUAAUCAAGGCUUGCGCUAAUCACGCUGCACUUGAACAAGGAUCCCAGUUUCACGCCUUAGUGUUGAAAUACAAGCUAGAUCAAGACCCUUUUGUUUCAUCUACCAUUGUCGAUAUGUACGGGAAAUGCGGUUUGCUUGAUCAUUCGAUACAAGCGUUCAAAACGAUUUCUAACGCAAACGAGUACGCAUGGAAUUCGAUGAUAGGUGUCUUUGCUCACCAUGGUCUAGGACACGAAGCAAUAGACAUAUUCGAUAGGAUGGUGGUUCAAAACUUGAAACCGAAUGCGGUAACGUUUAUCAAUCUUCUAAACGCGUGCAGCCAUUCGGGGUUACGAAACGAAGGAUUAAGUUACUUCAAUUCGAUGGAAACAGUUUAUGGCAUUAAACCUAGAUCAGAACAUUACGCUUGUGUUAUUGACUUAUUGGGCCGAGUUGGGAAGCUUGAAGAAGCGGAAAAUUUUAUUAACGAUAUGCCCUUUGAGCCAAACGCUUACGCUUGGUGUUCAUUUCUCGCAUCCUGUAGAAAAUAUGGUGAUAAAGAAAGGGGAAGGCUUGCAGCCGAAAGUCUAAAACGGGUUGACCCGGAAAACAGUGGGGCCCAUGUAUUACUUUCGAAUAUUUACGCAAAAGAACAACAAUGGGAGGAUGUAAGGAGUGUUAGAAAGACGAUGAAGGAUGAAAACGUGAAGAAACUGCCGGGUUAUAGUUGGGUUGAUGUUGAUAAUAAAGUUCAUGUAUUUGGAGCUGAAGAUUGGUGUCAUCCACAUAAGAAAGAAAUCGAUGUGAAACUCGAUAGUCUUUUGGGAAAGAUAAUCGAAGCUGGAUAUGUUCCGGAUAUCGAGUCGGUCCCACUUGAUUUGGAUGAUGAUAUGAAGGUGAAGGUUCUUCAUCGUCAUAGCGAGAGGAUGGCUAUAGCGUACGCGCUUAUACGUCUGCCUGUUGGGAAACCGAUUAUCGUGAAGAAAAAUAUUAGGGUUUGUGUUGAUUGCCAUUCUGCAAUCAAGUUGAUCUCUAAAGUUGAGGGGAGAAAUAUUAUUUUAAGAGAUAAUAGUAGGUUUCAUCACUUUGUUGAUGGAUCAUGUUCUUGUAAUGACUUUUGGUAAGUCAUGUUUUCUGUGAAGAUGAUUACAUAAUCACUUGAUCUGA